UCUGAAAAUCUGUGUCGGAUUCAAUCGCACACCGACUUAACAUCAACGCACAUCUCUAAAGAAUCCGUAACUAUUUGCGCGACUCCUUCCCGCACCUACACGUUUCCGGCUCCGAGUUGCGAGCGCGAAGCUUCGGACACAGUUUCAUCAGCAUCCCAUCCGAUAAAAUGAAGACUUCGAUUAAUCGCCCACCGACACCUGAUGCGGAGGAGGAUCAAGAUCAUCAACCCACUCUUCAAGAAAUCAUUAACAUCAAGAUGAUUGAGAGCGGUGAAAAAGAGCGAUUAAAGGAGCUUUUGAGGGAGAGGCUUAUAGAAUGUGGUUGGAGAGACGAAAUGAAAGCUCUUUGCAGGGCAUUUGCAAGGAAGAAGGGAAGGAAUAAUGUAACCGUGGAUGACCUUGUACAAGUUAUUACUCCUAAGGGAAGAGCUUCUGUUCCUGAUUCGGUGAAGGCUGAGCUGUUGCAACGAAUCAGGACUUUUCUUACAUCAGUUUCUAUUUGACAUUGUUACAUGAUAGGAGGCUGUCCUAAAGUCUUGCCUGCAGCUUUCCUUUACAAAUGGACUUUCUCUGCUUUAUUAUCCCAAGUUUGUUUGGAUGAAAUCUUAUCCAAUAACUUCUUACGAAGAAGAGGCUAUGAUUUCCUUUGGAGUCACAAGUUGCAUCUAAGAACAGAGACUGUACAGUUGAGACAUCCACUUUUUGGGCUUGUAUGGACAGUUAUCUUCUUCUUCUUCUUCUUGGAUCUGUACAUUCUUAGCCUUAUUUUAGACCAAUAUAUCUGGCAUUAUUAUAUAACCAUGGAAAAUGCUGGAUGUCCCUUUGUUUUGCUCUCGGGUUUGAUUGUUCGUGUAUUUUAUUUUAUUUUAUUUUUA